AGGAGGAGGAGAAGCCCAAUCUUAAUAGCUCAUAUGACUGGAAACUUGGGGGUAAAAAGAUUGUUUCCAAGUCUUCAGGAAGUCUGAUUUUGACAAUUGCCCUUAUGGGAGGUCUCUGUGACUUAGAUCCUAAUUCGGAGAUGGAGCUAUCAGCCUCAUUGUCCACCAUCUCUGAGCAGCAGCCGCAGGGGCGAGAGGGACAAGGCAACACCAAAACAGACUUGGCCGGGCAGAGUCUCCUCUCAUCUGAGGAAUGGCUUCAACUGCAUGGGCUGAAGAGCAACAAACUGACCUUGAAACAGAUUCUGUCACAGAUUGGAUUCCCACAUUGUGAAGAUUAUGUGACUUCUCUGGGGAGACUUGUGGCUUCCCGGUAUGCUGAUGGCCUGUUUCCACAGUUCUACAGACCCGAAGAUGGCAGAGUAUACAACUUGACAGCCAAAUCAGAGCUGAUCUAUCAGUUUGUGGAACAUUUAACACAAGCCGUGGAGAGUUACAAGCAGCGGAUGGACUGGCUCACCAGCAGAAGCCGGCAGAUUUUUGGUGUCAUCUUGGAACAGCGCAUCACCAUCGUGCUGGAUUUUGGUGGCAUGCUGGAGGAGGAGCUCAGUCUGUGCCAGGAUGCUCUAACAAUGGUCCUUCAGGAGCAGGUGGCUCACAUAGCCACGUUUAAUAUCAUACGGGUUUCCCAGCCGCCUGUGAAAUGGCAGGAAAAUGCUGUUCCUGUGACGGAACAGUCCAUAGCCGCUGCCAUCAGUUGGGUUGAGAAACUGCCUUUUGAGCUGGCUGUGAGCCAGGCUAGCUGCCUGGACGCCCUGCUGGAAGCUGGGAAUGAUAAAACGAUUGAAUCCAUUUACUACUUUGUGGUGGGAGAUGUUUCUGAGCAAACCAAGGGGCUCCUCCUUCAGAGGGCUUUGGAGAUCCCGUGUCCUGUCUGCACAGUGUCCUUCAAUGCCAGAGGAGAAGGCACUAUAGCUUUCUUAAAGGAUCUGAGUGCCAAGACCCACAGCAGAUUCCAUGCAUUUGCAGAGAGAACAGAGUGUGUGGAGAUUCCCGCAUUUGCCGGAAAGGAUGGUGACAGUGUAAUUACUUGGAAUUUAAGGAAACUGAAAGGAAAACGCCCUCCAGGAGCUGGAGUCAGAGAGGACGUGUUUCUCAUUUGGAGGGAGAUGGAGGAAGCCUGCAGCACUCUGGCCCAGAUCCAGAGGCUGGUUGCUGAGCCACCCAAGUCCGAGGUGGCCCCAAUAGACCAAGAAUCAGGAACAUCCUCUGCGACAAAUCCAGAGGACACCUGGGACUCCAAGAAGUGGCUUCAGAAAUAUGGCUUGAAAGCCCAGAAGCUGACCUUUUAUGACGUCCUUGCUGACUGCUGCUUCCGCCAUGCUGAUGGAGUUGUUGAUGUGAAAGUCAAACCAGAGGAUGAGUCCAUACAGACCAAUGCGGAGACCAACAAGAAGACAGUCCAUGCAAAAUACUGCAGUAGAUUUGUCCAUGCUCCCUGGAAAGAUGGGAGCUUAGUCCACGUCUGCAUUACCAAGGAGAAGUGUACAUGGUACAGUGAGAGAAUCCACACAGUCCUUGCCCAGAUUCAGAGGAGGAUUAAGUGGCUCCAGGAUGGAAGUCAAAUCCUCUUUGGAAAAGUACGUGAUGAUUGCAUCUAUGUCCUCAUCGAUACAUCUCACUCAAUGAAAAGCAAACUGGACUUGGUGAAGGACAAGAUCAUCCAGUUUAUACAGGAACAGCUGAAAUAUAAAAGGAAAUUCAAUUUUGUGCAGUUUGACGCCCAAGCAGUUGCCUGGCAGGAAAAACUUGUUGAAAUCAAUGAAGAUAAUUUGAGAGGAGCUCAGUCCUGGGUUAGAGACAUUCAGACCGGAAGUUCCACAAACACCCUGCAUGCCCUGCAAAUUGCUUUGGCUGAUGAAGAAACACAAGUAAUCUACCUUUUGACAGAUGGGAGACCUGAUCAGCCACCUGAAAUGGUUAUAGACCAAGUCAAAGUUUUUCAGAAAAUUCCUAUUUACACCAUCUCCUUCAAUUACAAUGAUGAGAUUGCAAAUGGAUUUUUGAAAGAGCUUGCUUCUUUGACUGGGGGAGAGUUCCAUUUUCAUAAUUUUGGCUGUAAGGAUCUGUGUCCUCCAGGGACUGUUCAGAAUGAAGAUCUGACUCUUUUAAUUAAGGAAAUGGAGCAGGGACGAAGUGACCUGGAGAAGGUGCAGGACCUUUAUUCAGAGUCUUUGAUCAUGGAUUGGUGGUACAACGGAGAAAAGGAAGGGGACAAUAAGCAUCAAAAAGAAAUCUGUUCUAUGGUUUCAACCCCAGAAAAAUGUGCAAAACCUCAUUCUGAUGUCGAGCCAACACCAACGUCAUCCCUAAAUAUGUUGCACUUAGCAGAGGAUCUUUCAAAUCAAAAGAUUCAGAAAAAGAAAGUCCUUCACGCAGAAUCAACCAAAACCAGCCUGCUCAGAAGCCGGAUGUCCAGCCUCAAGAGCUCAGCUUGCAAUGAGAGGACCGACAGCCCUUCCACUUCCAGCAGCUGGAACACCCCAAGUGACAGAGAGAGAAGCAUUCUGCUGACAAAUGAAUACCUAGAUGGCAAAUCAUUAGGAAGAGUGAGUCGAGAAGGAAAACAGGUUCAUGACCGAGAUAUGUCUUCAGAAAACUGGCUCAAGACCCAUGGCUUGGUUGCCAAGAAACUCACUGUCAUGGAUGCCUUGUCCAUGAAAGCGGUCCCUCACAUCCCCACAUAUGUUCCCAUUCUGGACAAGCAUGUUGUUUCCAAGGUCUUUGAUGAGGUGUUCCCUCUGGCACACGUGUGCAGCGACACCAACAAGAUGACAUUAAUUAAUCCCCAAGGAGUCAAGCUCAAUAUCUACAAGCAAAAAGUGGAACAGGCCAUUAAGAGCUAUGAAAAGCGCUUGAAUAAAAUUGUUUGGCGAGCAUUAUCUCAAGAGGAAAAAGAAAAGUUAGAUGCACAUAAGCCCAUGCGGUACUUGGAAAACAAGGCAGCUUUAAACAGGGCAUUAGAACGGUUGAAUUGGCCUAUUUCGUUGAAGGAGCUGUCAAUGCUGGAAAAUGAAAUCCUGGCUGGGAAAAUGUACAUCCAACAGGCCAUGGAACUCCAGGAGGCUGCCAAGAAGGAGAAUCACCUGAGCAAGUCACAAGGAGAGCAACAGAAACUUCAAGGAAAUCCAACAAAGAAAACCAAAUCAAAAAAAUUGGAUCCCCUCAAAGGCCAGAAAGUUAUUGCAAGAUGUGAUGAAAAUGGCUUUUACUUUCCAGGGGUUGUGAAGAAGUGUGUGAACCCCACCCAUGCACUGGUGGGUUUCAGGUACGGAGACACCAAGGUUGUGCCCACCUCGUUCAUCACGCCUAUCGGGGGUGCCAUGCCCUGCCCACUGCUCCAGGUUGGAGAUUAUGUCUUCGCCAAAAUUGUGAUACCCAAUGGAUUUGACUUCUACGUCCCUGCCAUUGUCAUAGCACUUCCGAAUCAGGAUGUGGCCGAUGAUAAAUUCUACACAGUUUUGAAGUGUAACAACCGGAGAGAAUUUUGCCCUCGGAGUGCACUUAUUAAGAUCAGCCAAAACAAGUAUGCUCUCUCUUGCUCUCAUAUAAAAUCACCCCCAAUUCAGGAGGAUCCAAAAGCGGAGGAUGUGAAAACGAAGAACUCUACUUUCUUAAUAUGUCCACUCAAAGCAAUUGAUACUGGGGAUUUACGAGAGCUACAACAGGAGAACCCUAGACAGAAGAAAAAGAAACCUGUCAAGAGACUGCCUCUCCAGGAGAUGGUGUCCUCGGACUCGGAUGACUCUUCUCGUGGCAUCAGGUCCCAAGAGUCCAACCCCAAGAAACACCCCAAGCCCAGGGAGUCAGCCAGCCACGCCAUUGCUGCCAUACCUCCACCUCAAGCAGCCCUGCCCUUCCCUCCUAGAACCACCAAUAGCAGCAAAGAGCUGAGGACCAUUGCUGAGAAACCUUAAAGCAGUCUAGUGGCAGCUAUGUUUAAGAGAGCCAGCAUUCUUCCAGGGCUGCCCAGACCUCAGCCACUCACCACUGUGGAACUAGUCCCUCUGCUGAGGUAAGGCUGCCCUUCCUUCUACCCAUUCCUACCCUGUUUGUAAAACAGGUACACUUGUCUGUUAUCCCCCACCUGGAUCUCUGGUCUGUUUGUGCUUAUUGGUUCUGACUUUUUCUAACCAUUCUUUAUCCUAUUAUUUUCCCUGUCCUCACCACACUAUACUCAGUCUUUUGGUAAAUUCUACAUACCCAGAAGUUUAAUCUGACAGAUUACUGUCAUAGGAUUUUCAGCUUUUUUUUUUUUUUGGUGGAAGUUAAGGUAGUUAUAAUCCAAGCCUGCAGUCUUGUUUUAAAUUGAUUAUCUCAUCUGAAUUAGGGAUUUUAUCACUUAAUGUGAAGACUGAAAUUAAGACCUAGUAACUUGUCUGAGAUCUGCAAAACAAAAUUAUUGAUUUCUGGCCAUUUUUAUUGAGCCCUUCCUAAUUAUUUUUGUCUGUAGUCUGUUGUAGGUACCUCUAAUUGAGCGCGGAACCAGAAUAAAAACUCUUACGUUGGAAACA